ACCGUUUUGCCAAACUUUUGAACAAAUAGAGCAAGUGCAUUAAUUCAUUAUUCAUUUCAUUUUAAUGCAACGCAACACAUAUACUCCUUUAUAGUCAGACCUAAUCUAAACUAGAUUUGUGUGGGGCUUAUUACUUACUCUCCCUACACACGUUCAAUUCUUUCCUGUGGUUGGUCAUCAAUGCCUCCAAAGGGAAACAAUAGGAAGGUUUGACUCACUUAAACUUUUAUAUGACUUUUUUUCUAUUAUAUUCAUUGGCUACUUCAAUUUUUAGUUAUCUUUUUCAGUUAUAAAGUAGUUCAAGUUAGCUUAUUAUUACCAUUUUGAUGAACUUAAUUAAAUAAACCCAAAACUUUGUUUUUUUCUUUUUACAUAGUCAAAUGCAACAGAUUCAAGGAAAAAAACCCAACAUUAAUGCUGGGGUAUUUCCUUAACAUGCUAUGUAUGCGUUAUCAGCCAAUGUGUUGGUAUUUUUUAUCUGCUAGUAGCUUUGUAGAAAUUAGCUCUUGGGCUGACUUAAUUUUCUAAAAAAAAAACAAUACAACUUUUUUUUUCAACUUUUUUUUUUUUUUUUUUGUGUGGUUGGAAGUUACAUCAAAAAGUUCAGUCAGCAGGGUGUUUAACAACUUGGAACCAGUAGUAUUUAUUUUAACUCAAGGGAAUUGAAGAAAGAGAGAUAUAAGUAGUUUUAAGAGAGGAAAAAGGGUGUUGUAGGUUUCUGUUAGAAACACUUUUGCCAUUUUCAAGUGUUUUCUUCUCACAUUCAUAACUUCUCCCCUUUUCUUCUCUUACCCUUUCCUUUUUUUUCCCCUAUUUCUCUUUAGCCAAAACUUGUCAUAUUCAAUCAUUCCUUUCAUUUCUUUCUGAGUUUCAAAAUCUCUCUUUCUCUCUCUUACUUUCUCUCUCUAAACAUUUUUUUUUGCAACAGAUUCAAGAAAGAAGAUGACUUUGUAACAGUUUUUUUUUUUUUUUGUCAGAGAAACAAAUGAAGGCAUGUCCAACAAGUGUUAUUAUAGUUACUAUUAACCAAAACCACAAUAAUACUCCACCACCACCAUCACCACAAUCUUCAAACUCAAAUUCUCUCUUCUCAAAUUCUUCAUCUUCAUCUUGUUCUUCAAUGGGUAUGAGUGCUUUUCCAGAUUUAACCUCACUGUCUCUUAAAAAACCCAACUCUUUUGGAGCAAUAAUGGCCACUUCAGAAGAACAAUCCUCCAAAAACAGGGGUUUUCCCUUUGUGGGUAGUUUUGUAAUUCCAAGAGAUCCUCAAAUUAAUGAAGAACAAACAGUUUUUGAGGGUAAAGUUUGUGAUUUUAGAGAUGGGUUUGUUGAAAAACAUGGAAUUUCAACUAUGGAUCUCAAUGCAAGUUGUAAAGAUGAAAACUUUAGUGAGAUUAAUAAUAGUAAUGACAAUAAUAAUCAUAAUAAUCAUAGUGUUAACAAAGUGGGUUGUUCUAAAGAAAGUAAGGUUUGUGCUAGAGGACAUUGGAGACCUGCUGAAGAUAGUAAGCUCAAAGAACUUGUUGCUAUUUAUGGCCCUCAGAAUUGGAACCUCAUUGCUGAGAAAUUGGAAGGAAGAUCAGGUAAAAGUUGCAGAUUGAGGUGGUUCAACCAACUAGACCCAAGAAUAAACAGAAGAGCAUUUACAGAAGAAGAAGAAGAGAGAUUAAUGCAAGCACAUAGAGUGUAUGGUAACAAAUGGGCAAUGAUAGCAAGGCUUUUUCCUGGAAGAACUGAUAAUGCUGUUAAGAAUCAUUGGCAUGUUAUCAUGGCUAGAAAGUAUAGAGAACAAUCUAGUGCUUAUAGAAGAAGGAGAAAUCUUAUGGGUCAUCAUCAUCAUCAUAAUCCAUCAUCAUCAUCAUCUAGUUUCCCUCAUCAUCAUCAUCAUAAUCCUAGGAGAUCAUCAUCUUCAUCAUCAUCCAUGGAAGAUGAAGAUCAACAAUUACCUAGCUCCUAUAACAACCAUGGUGGAAAUGACAUGAACAUCAAUAGUAAUAAUGGGUUUUCAUGUGCUCAGCAAACUCCUUUAGAUUUCUUCUCAGGUCCAAGUAACCAAAACAUGGUGAGUAUGUUCAGUCCAAGCAGCUGUUUGGAUAGGCCAAUACAAAUGCAAAUGCAACUCCAACUCCAACAACAGCAACAUCAGUCCUACUAUUACUGUUACAACAACAUUAACCCCUCUUUUUCAUCUCAUCAACUAUUUUCACUGCCCCAAACAGACCCUUAUUCUCUCUCCUCAAUAUCUCCUUCAUUUGAAGCAGGAGGGAACAGAUCCAUAGCCAAUAAUAAUAGUCACUUGGAUGAACAACAUGCUACCACUUCAUCUUCACCAUCUUUCAUAGAUUUCCUUGGUGUUGGAACUACUUCAUGAAGUUUAAUUAAUUAUAUAUUUUUAUUUGUUUUAACUCUAAAUUAAUUUAUUCCCAAAAAGAUGGAAAAGAAAAGAAAAAAAAAAACAUUUAGAAAGUAGACAGAGAUAUGAUCAAUGUGGUGUGGUUUUCCAGAUUAACUGAGAUAUGCCAUUAAUGGCAAAAAGAAGUGGGACUGUUUCCUUGUAUCAGUUAAAAAUGACAGUUUAUGAUA